ACUGCAUCAUCAUCUCUUCAUUACACCUCACUCACACACCACUCGCCGUUUUAUUUUGCACUACACUCCAUGGCCCUGCGCCUUCCCAAGAUUUCUGAUCAAUAUCUCCAUAUGUUCUUCCCUCUCUCUAGCCCAUGGCAUAUGGCACUGCCGCUUGCUUAGGGUCGAGUCCUAGCGGUGUACGGCUCACAGACCCCCCUUACUGCAGGUAAAGCCAUCCCCCAGGUUAAGCCUUCAGGUAACCCACCACUGCCGGUAAUUACCAGGUGCAAGCCUUGGGGUCUGUGGCUUUUAGCUGUGCCGCCACCAGUGGCCGCUCUCCUUGCUGUUCCUCCUCUUCCAGCCCCUUCACCCCCUUCACCCCCUCUGGAGCGAUUUCUGCCUACUCACGUUGUUUCUUGUUGCACCCCCCCGGUUCCCCCCGGUUCCCCCCUUCCCUUCCCUUGCAGGAACUCAAGUGCUGGGACUGCUGGGGUGAUGCUCUGGUCGCUGGCCGUUCCCCACUCAUGCCUGCCCUUCCAACGCCCCCGCUGAAGCUGCUGCUGCCGCUUCUGUGUGCUGAGCUAAGUAAACCUCCCAACCCACACUGAGCCUUCUGUGCCGCUUUCCAUUGUUGCUUCGUCGCCCUUCAUUCAAACCACGCCACUGGUCGAGGCCCGCCUCACAUGCCACAGACCUCCGCCUCAGGUAACCCCCUCAGGUGUGGUUUAACCCCCCCCAGGUAUCCCCUCAGGUAUCCCCUCAGGUUCAGCCACUGCAGGUCCCCCUGGGGGUCUGUGGCGUGUGGUCAUGCGUCCUCCAGUGGCGCCUGCCUUCCAUUCCCGCUUCAGUGCUUGCAGCUCCUCUUUCCGGUUGCUACCCAUGCCAUGGCACUGACCGGUGCUGCUUGUCAGCUCACGUGCCAGAACUGCUGGCGCACUGCUCUGCACCUGAGAGGGUCGCUGGCCCUCCAAUGCGAGUCAUGGCUGCCCUUCAACGCCCUCACUGCUGCUGCCGCUGCUGCUGCCUGGUCCCCUUGGGGGUCCGUGGCGUGUGCUCGUGCCUCCACCAGUGGCCCCUCGCUUCCCUUCGAUUUUCGUUCAGAUUCUGCAGCUCCUCUUUCCAAUUGCUACCCAUGCCAUGGCGCUGACUCUUGCUGCUUUUGGCUCCCUUCCCUGCGCUCACUCCUUUCUUCCCCCGUCCUCCUCACCACCCCCCACACCCCGUCCCCCCCUCCUAGCAGGUCACUUGGCCGCGGCAAGCCAAGUCUGCAGCAGAGCGUGCAGCUGAGAGCGGUGCAGCAGCAGCAGCAGCAGCAGCAGCAGCAGCAAUGCACUUUGCUGCUAGAGAGAGACUCUGCAGUGGGCUCGUCUCCUAUAGGUCACUUGGCAGCAGCGAGCAAGGCUGCAGCAGAGCCUGUAGCUAAGCCGUGCAGUGGUGCAAUUGCUGCAGCGCAGUGCAUUCUGCUGCAAGGGAGAGUAUCUGGACUGGGCUUGGCUGCUCAAGGUCACUUGGCAGCAGCACUCAAGACUGCAGCAGAGCCUGUAGCUGAGCAGCAGCAGCAGCAGCAGCAGAUUCAGAUUCGGGGCAGCAGGGCAGCAGCAUAGGGGAGGGCAGUUUUAGGGCGGGCUAGGCGUUAGUUGUGAGCGAGGUACAGGUAAGGUGUGGUAUGGUAUGGUAUGGUGACAUCCCCCUCCUCUUUCUCCUCCCUGCCUCCUUCAACAGCCUCCCACCCCUUGGAGCAAGUGGAGGCGCAGAGGAGAGCUUCUCACACCCCCCUCCUCUUUCUCCCCAGCAGCAUCCCACCCCUUGGAGCAUUCGAGCAAGAGGGAGCAGAGGAGAGCACCUCACACCCCCCUCCCCCCUCCCUCCUUGGAGCUUUGGCGCAAGAGGAGCAGAGGAGAGCACCUCACACACACCCCCCACCCCCCUCCCUCCCCCCAACAGCGGCAUCCCUUGGCUCUGCAUGGCGGUGGUAAGUGAGUGCAAGUACACGUGUCAAGCACUCUGUGUCCAAUCGCAAUACCCGCGCGUUAAUGCAUAAUGGGCCCAUGGCAGACCAUUGCGGCCGAAUGGUUCUGUCUCGUGCCAGCUCUUGCCACGCCGGUGAGGGGUAAUUGGAUCUUGGGCUUACCGUGUGCUUGCCUCCUGCCUCACUUGGCGCCUCAGCGCAAUGGGUACUGCCG